GUUCUGAAUUCCUGGAAGAGAUUAGACAAAGUCCGUAGCUUUAUUAAUCUGGUUAAUUUCAAGUGACAGAGAUGCCCCUUAUUCAUCGGAAAAAGCCGACGGAGAAACCAUCGUCGCCGCCAUCUGAAGAGGUGGUGGUACCCGAUGAGGAUUCCCAAAAGAAACCACACGAAUCUUCCAAAUCCCACCAUAAGAAAUCCAACGGAGGAGGGAAGUGGUCGUGCAUCGACUCUUGUUGUUGGUUCAUUGGGUGUGUGUGCGUCACAUGGUGGUUUCUUCUCUUCCUUUACAACGCAAUGCCUGCGAGCUUCCCUCAGUAUGUAACGGAGCGAAUCACGGGUCCUUUGCCUGACCCGCCCGGUGUUAAGCUUAAGAAAGAAGGUCUUAAGGCGAAACAUCCCGUUGUCUUCAUUCCUGGGAUUGUCACUGGUGGCCUUGAGCUUUGGGAAGGCAAACAAUGCGCUGAUGGUUUAUUUAGAAAACGUUUGUGGGGUGGAACUUUUGGUGAAGUCUACAAAAGGCCUCUAUGUUGGGUGGAACACAUGUCACUUGACAAUGUAACUGGGUUGGAUCCUGCUGGUAUUAGAGUUAGAGCUGUAUCGGGACUCGUGGCUGCCGACUACUUUGCUCCUGGCUACUUUGUCUGGGCAGUGCUGAUUGCUAACCUUGCACAUAUUGGAUAUGAAGAGAAAAACAUGUACAUGGCUGCAUAUGACUGGAGGCUUUCGUUUCAGAACACAGAGGUACGUGAUCAGACGCUUAGCCGUAUGAAAAGUAAUAUAGAGUUGAUGGUUUCUACCAACGGUGGAAAAAAAGCAGUUAUAGUUCCGCAUUCCAUGGGGGUCUUGUAUUUUCUACAUUUUAUGAAGUGGGUUGAGGCACCAGCUCCUAUGGGUGGCGGGGGUGGGCCAGAUUGGUGUGCAAAGUAUAUAAAGGCGGUGAUGAACAUUGGUGGACCAUUUCUUGGUGUUCCAAAAGCUGUUGCAGGGCUUUUCUCUGCUGAAGCAAAGGAUGUUGCAGUUGCCAGAGCGAUUGCCCCAGGGUUCUUAGACACUGAUAUAUUCAGACUUCAGACCUUGCAGCAUGUAAUGAGAAUGACACGUACAUGGGACUCAACAAUGUCUAUGUUACCAAAGGGAGGUGACACAAUAUGGGGCGGUCUUGAUUGGUCGCCGGAGAAAGGCCACACCUGUUGUGGGAAAAAGCAAAAGAGCAAUGAGACUUGUGGUGAAGCAGGUGAAAAUGGAGUUUCCAAGACAAAGCCUGUUAACUAUGGAAGGAUUAUAUCUUUUGGGAAAGAAGUAGCAGAGGCUGCACCGUCUGAGAUUAAUAAUAUUGAUUUUCGAGGUGCGGUCAAAGGUCAGAGUAUCCCAAAUCACACCUGUCGUGACGUGUGGACAGAGUACCAUGAUAUGGGAAUUGCAGGGAUCAAAGCUAUCGCUGAGUAUAAGGUCUACACUGCUGAUGAAGCUAUAGAUCUACUACAUUAUGUUGCUCCUAAGAUGAUGGCGCGUGGUUCCGCCCAUUUCUCUUAUGGAAUUGCUGAUGAUUUGGAUGACCCCAAGUAUCAACAGCCCAAAUACUGGUCAAAUCCGCUAGAGACAAAAUUACCCAAUGCUCCUGAGAUGGAAAUCUACUCAUUGUACGGAGUGGGGAUACCAACGGAACGAGCAUACGUCUAUAAGCUUAACCAGUCUCCUGACAGUUGCAUCCCCUUUCAGAUCUUCACUUCUGCUCACGAGGAGGACGAAGAUAGCUGUCUGAAAGCAGGAGUUUACAAUGUGGAUGGGGAUGAAACAGUACCGGUCCUAAGUGCCGGGUUCAUGUGUGCUAAAGCGUGGCGUGGCAAGACAAGAUUUAACCCUUCCGGAAUCAAGACUUACAUUAGAGAAUAUAAUCACUCUCCGCCGGCUAACUUGCUGGAAGGGCGCGGGACGCAGAGUGGAGCCCAUGUUGAUAUCAUGGGAAACUUUGCGUUGAUAGAGGAUAUCAUGAGGGUUGCCGCGGGAGGUAAAGGAUCUGAUAUAGGACAUGACCAGAGAAUUGAAAUGGAGCUCAGCUUGAGCACUUCCUCCGCUUCUCCUGCGGUUUUGAGGAGACAAGCUUCUCCUCUCCUUCACAAGCAACAAGUGCUCGGCGUCAGCUUUGCUUCCGCGCUUAAACCUGGAGGAGGAGCUCUUCGAUUUCCUUCCCGCCGUCCGCUUCCUCGUCCCAUCACUUGCUCCGCCUCUCCAUCAACUGCCGAGCCAGCCUCGGAGGUGAAGAAGAAGCAGUUGGAUAGGAGGAACGACGUGAGGAAUAUAGCAAUCGUAGCACAUGUUGAUCAUGGCAAAACUACUUUGGUUGAUUCCAUGCUUAGGCAAGCUAAGGUUUUCCGAGAUAACCAAGUCAUGCAAGAGAGGAUCAUGGACUCAAAUGACCUUGAGCGUGAAAGAGGAAUCACUAUACUUAGCAAAAAUACCUCCAUCACUUACAAAAACACGAAAGUAAAUAUUAUUGAUACUCCUGGCCAUUCUGACUUUGGGGGUGAAGUGGAGCGUGUCUUGAACAUGGUUGAUGGAGUGCUUCUUGUGGUGGACUCUGUUGAGGGACCAAUGCCCCAGACAAGGUUUGUUUUAAAGAAGGCUCUUGAGUUUGGACAUGCAGUUGUCGUGGUCGUUAACAAGAUUGACAGGCCUUCUGCUCGUCCUGAAUUUGUUGUCAAUUCCACAUUUGAACUAUUUAUUGAACUAAAUGCUACAGAUGAACAGUGCGAUUUCCAAGCGAUAUAUGCUAGUGGGAUUAAAGGAAAGGCAGGCCUUUCUCCGGAUGACCUUGCAGAAGAUCUGGGACCCCUGUUCGAAGCUAUAAUCAGAUGUGUACCUGGGCCAAAUAUUGAAAAAGAUGGUGCACUUCAGAUGCUUGCCACAAAUAUUGAGUAUGAUGAGCAUAAAGGACGCAUUGCUAUUGGACGACUACACGCAGGGGUACUGCGCAAAGGAAUGGAUGUCAGGGUGUGCACUUCUGAAGAUUCCUGUAGAUUUGCAAGAGUUAGUGAGCUUUUUGUAUAUGAAAAAUUCUACAGAGUACCUACUGAUUCAGUGGAAGCUGGAGAUAUUUGCGCUGUAUGUGGCAUAGACAACAUUCAGAUUGGGGAGACUAUUGCUGAUAAAGUACAUGGGAAGCCUCUACCUACAAUCAAAGUAGAAGAGCCAACUGUGAAAAUGUCCUUCUCUGUAAACACCUCGCCAUUUUCUGGUCGUGAGGGGAAGUAUGUAACGAGCAGGAACUUACGAGAUCGUUUAAACCGUGAACUUGAGAGAAAUCUAGCUAUGAAAGUGGAAGAUGGUGAGACAGCAGACACAUUCAUUGUUAGUGGGCGUGGUACAUUACACAUUACCAUCCUGAUAGAAAACAUGCGAAGAGAAGGAUAUGAAUUUAUGGUUGGUCCCCCGAAAGUUAUCAAUAAAAGGGUUAACGACAAAUUGCUGGAGCCAUAUGAGAUAGCAACUGUUGAAGUACCAGAGGCUCACAUGGGGCCUGUUGUUGAACUUCUUGGCAAAAGGCGUGGACAGAUGUUUGAUAUGCAGGGUGUUGGAUCGGAAGGAACAACCUUUCUGCGGUACAAAAUCCCAACACGUGGACUUCUUGGAUUGAGGAACGCAAUCUUAACAGCUUCUCGCGGGACAGCUAUCCUUAACACUGUAUUUGACAGUUAUGGACCUUGGGCUGGUGAUAUUAGCACCCGCGAUCUGGGUUCGCUGGUUGCCUUUGAAGAUGGAACAUCAACAUCAUAUGCUCUGGCGAGUGCGCAGGAGAGAGGGCAAAUGUUUGUAGGUUCAGGAGUGGAUGUAUACAAAGGUCAGAUAGUUGGGAUCCACCAGAGACCCGGCGACUUGGGUCUUAAUAUAUGCAAGAAGAAGGCAGCGACAAACAUAAGGUCCAACAAAGAUGUAACAGUGAUUCUUGACACUCCCUUAACAUAUAGUCUGGACGACUGCAUCGAAUACAUUGAAGAGGAUGAGUUGGUAGAGCUACUGAGGAAGCUAAUAUUAACUCUUAAGAACAGCUCUGCGAUCUCACUCCCAGGGAUGCAAUUCCAAGAGGAUGAGAUUCCAUAUUCUAGUUCUGGUUCUUCAAGAAUGGAAUUAAAGCGGAGUCAUCAUCAGUGGUUGACAGAAGCGUCUAGCUCACAAGUAUCCAGUAAUAAGAGACAAGUCGUAGAGAUUGAUGCUCUUAUGAAUUUAUCUGCAUUGGACACUUCUCUUGUGCCCACAACACACUUCACUGAUUGCUUAUUCGAUCCUGCCAAUGCGCAUUCUUCAUCACAUCUCCUCCGUGGUCGAAAUUAUACAGAGGAGCAAUCUAUUGGUUUGUUGCCAGUGGUUCAUGGGAGCUCUUUUAAUCUUGACACCGUUAGGAAAGUCAAAGUCAAUCAAGUGUCUGAAUCUGGCAACUUGCCCGAGUUCAUGGUUCAGCUUUAUGGUGAGGGAAUUUCAACAUCAUUUGAAACGGUUCCUUCUUAUAAUAGUGGUCAAGAAAGCACGCUAUCCUUUGGCCAAACCUGCACUAGUAGUAUUGACAAGAGCUUCAUCUUGCCUGGGCCAUUCGCUACCAAGGCGGAUGGAAACUUCAUUCGAAAUUUUAGUAAUGAAGGUAUUGGUCUCGUACCAACGGGUGAUAUUUAUGACAAAGGAGAUGGAAAUGUCUUGUCAACAUUUCAUCCAUUUCAGAAAGGAGUAGAAAACUUUGUAUUGAUGGGUCAGUCUCUUCAAAAGGCUGAUUGCAAUAUCUUCUCAGUGAGUUCCUCCUAUAACAAGGGACAGGAGAACUUUAUGCCUCUUCUCUCUUGUGAUAAAUUGCCUGAAAACGUUUUCUUGACCGGCUCAAACUAUCACAAAGAAAAUGCCAAUGCGUUGUCAGGGGGACAGUCCCCAUUUAUGGAAGGCUGUGAGAUGGCAUGUAUGGUUUCUGGCCAAGAGAGAGCAGAUCGAAACAAUGAUCAAAUUAGGCACGAGGAUCGAAGCCAAACCCUAUCUUUUGGAGAUUAUCAGAAAGAAACCACAAUGGGAUCAUCACUACGUGUUAUUAACAGUUAUGAGAACUUCAGCCAUGACCCUGCAACUGCUAAAGAUCCUCUUCAUAUGGAAGCAGCGGAAAAUAUGUCUUUUGAAUGUAGAAAUCCCCCUUAUGCUAGUCCUAGAGUUGAUACCUUGCUGGUGCCCAAAAGUAAAGAUACAAAGACAGCUAAGAAGGGUUCUACAAAUACAUUUCCUUCAAAUGUUAAGUCAUUGUUGUCAACAGGAAUGUUUGAUGGGGUUACUGUGAAGUACUAUUCGUGGUCACGUGAGAAAAAUCUCAAAGGGAUCAUAAAGGGGACUGGGUAUCAAUGUGGUUGCGGCAACUGUAACUUUAAUAAAGUUCUUAAUGCGUAUGAAUUCGAGCAGCAUGCUAAUUGCAAGACAAAGCACCCAAAUAACCACAUAUACUUUGAGAAUGGAAAGACCAUUUAUGGCGUUGUUCAAGAGCUGAAGAAUACACCUCAGGAAAAAUUGUUCGAUGCUAUUCAAAAUGUAACAGGAUCUGAUAUCAACCAUAAGAAUUUCAACACCUGGAAAGCUUCAUAUCACGUUGCCAGCCUUGAACUUCAGCGUAUAUGGGAAGGAUGAUGUCACUUUGGCCUCUUGAGAAGACGAGUUAUCAACUGGCAGGCUUUUUGUCGUAAGUGAAGUCCAAGUCCAUUCUUGUUCUCUGUAACUAAAGCUCCUAAUAGUAAAGUCUGGUGAAGUCU